CGUUCAUCCAGCUUGCGUCCGUCUUCCAGCGGUCCAGAUCUCUGCUUCCUCUCUUCUCACUGACCCACCUCAUCCGGCUGCGGACGGGAGUCUCGUCUCUUGUCUCCAGAUGGACUUGGACACAUGUCUCAGACUCGUCCUCCUCCUGCAGGCGGCGAGCUGCAGCCCCGGGCUGCUGGUGGACGUGCUUGUGGACCGCUACGACGUACCGAAGGUUUGUCCGCGAGAAGUGCGAACGGAAGACUUCAUCCGUUAUCACUUUAACGGAACCUUCCACGACGACGGGAAAAAGUUCGACUCCAGCUAUGAUCGAGGGAAAGCCUUCAUCAGUCAGGUGGGCCUGGGCAGACUCAUCACAGGGAUGGACCGAGGGCUGCAGGGCAUGUGUGUGAACGAGCGUCGGAGGAUCACCGUCCCGCCUCAUCUGGCCUACGGCAGCAUCGGAACAGGUGGUGUGGUUCCUCCUGAUGCCACCCUAGUGUAUGAUGUUCUUCUUCUGGACGUAUGGAACACAGAGGAUAAGGUCCAGAUCCGCACUAUCAGCAAACCUGCUAGCUGCAGCCGCAGCACUGCAGCAACAGAUUUCAUCCGUUAUCACUACAACGGCACGCUGCUGUCUGGGGAAACCUUUGACUCCAGUUAUGCAAGAAAUUCAACCUACGACACCUACCUGGGACAGGGCGACCUCAUCAAAGGACUGGACGAGGGUCUUCUGGGCAUGUGUGUUGGAGAGAGACGCGUCAUUAUCAUCCCUCCUUUUCUGGCGUACGGAGAAAACGGCAAUGGAACCAAGGUCCCCCCACAGGCGACGCUGGUGAUCCAGGCGCUGAUGGUUGACGUUUUUAACCCGAAGGACGAUGUGGUUGUGGCGGUGAAGGAGGCGCCUGAAGGCUGCACCCGCAGGACGGUAGCUGGAGAUUACAUCCGCUACCAUUACAACGGCACCUUUCAGGAUGGCACCCCUUUUGACUCCAGCUACCAGCGCAACAGCACCUACAACACCUACGUCGGUAUGGGGUAUGUGAUCCGAGGGAUGGACAAGGCUCUGCAGGGCUUGUGCGCGGGGGAGAAAAGGCGGGUCGUGAUUCCUCCUCACUUGGCGUACGGCGAAGGAGGAGUUGGAAACCUGAUCCCUGGCUCUGCUGUGCUGGUCUUUGACAUCCAUGUCAUUGAUUUCCACAACCCCAAGGAUCCGGUGGAGAUCAGAAUCACCCACAAGCCUCGAGAAUGCAACACGGCCAGCGGCGCCAACGACCUGAUUCGGUACCGCUACAACUGCUCCCUGAUGGACGGCACCCUCCUUUACUCCUCGGUCCAGUAUGACUCUCCUUCAGUCACAACUCUGGGAGCCAAUAAGGUGAUUCUGGGUCUGGAGGAAGGUUUGAAGGGCAUGUGUGUGGGUGAGAGGAGGGAAGUGGUGAUCCCUCCUCACUGGGCGCACGGAGAAAACGGAGCUGCUGGAGUUCCUGGGAGUGCUGUUCUUCUUUUUGAGCUGGAGUUGAUGGAGCUGCAGAAAGGUGUUCCUGAAGGCUUCAUGUUUGUGUGGCUCGGAGACAUCCCAGAUCCUCUUUUCAAUGCUCUGGACCUCAAUGGGGACAAAGAGGUCCCUCUGGGGGAGAGUUCAUCAGGCUGCAAGUUAAAGAGGGCAAAGGUCGUCUGCAGCCUGGGGUUGACGUCGACAGUGUUAUUAAAAACAUGUUUGAUGAUCAGGACAGGAAUAAAGAUGGGAGAAUUGUGGAGGACGAACUAAAGAUCAAAGACGAGGAGGCGGAGCAAGUGCGACGAGAUGAGUUAUGAAGAGCACACGUCUUGGUUUCAUGCUGCCAUCUCAGACACAGAAGCAGCUAAAUCGGUUAUGAACAGUUUUUUCCGAAUGUAAAAACAAAACAGCCGACAUUAAUAAAACCAAAAA